CAGCGCUCCAGGCCUGUCAGGAGGCCCAGACCACACACGCACAUCCGAGUAGCUGCCCACCAUGUUCUUUUCUGCUGGCCGCCCGUCUCCCUCCUCACUGGUGGGUGAACUCGCCUCGCUGAAGGAGAACCCCGCGACAUUCAGCCUAUUGUCACAGCACGGCCUGGAGGUGGCACAGCCAUCCGCGUCGAGCAUCUUCGGGGCACAUCAAGCGAGCAUCACCCUCUCUGUGGAGGGAACCGACAUGCCCAUCAUCCGCUGCUCGCAGGCCGCCUCACUCGAGGUCCCUGCACCUUCGCUCGGUACACAAAGUGCACACCAGCCACCAUUGAGUGUCACAAUUUCAUUCAUUCAGGCAUCUUCUGACCCAUUUCUGUGUCUGCCUGUGCGUGUGUUUUGUGUUUGUGUGUGUGCGCAGCGAUUCUGACAGGCAACGAGAAUGGCCGGUACCCUCUGUCGAAGAAGCAUAUCGAUGAGUUCCUGCAGUCAUUCGGCGACUACCAAUCGCGGCAGCUCGUGUCGGACAACUGGAAGGGGAGCCUCUCAGCGACCAGCAGAGGCGAGGUGGCCAACGUCCACGUGGCGGGACAGGCGUGCUUCCUGCCUGUGGCCGAGACCUCCCCCCUGUUUGGCGGCCACGACGCCGUGCCUUUCCGCAUCACCUACUUCAACUCCAAGAGCCAUCCCAGCAGCCCCGCUGCUAUGGUGGUCGUCGCCUCGGCAUUCGGGGCGUCGUCACAAGCACCCACCUCCAGGAGGCAACACCUGUUUCACAACAGUGACGGCAAGAGGUGAGGUGGGUGACAGGCCAGACGGCAUGGGCUGUCUUAAUGCUCCAUUUCCUUUUUCUCGUCGUCAGGUGUCCCUUUCUGGUCGAGAGGACGUCGGCCAGUCGCAUGCGUGAGGGCCAGCACCAGCAGCAGCAGGAGGAAGCGGCCCCCGCGGCCCUAUCUGCGCAGGAGGAGGCCAAGAACUGCCUGCUCGUCAUCGAGGUUCCCUUGAAGACGACCCCCCAGCCCCUGUUCGGCACGCCACACGCUCUCUUGGCUUCUGGCGGAGGGAUAUUCGGCUCGCCGGCGAUCACACAACCUGGCACGGCAGCGGGGGCCAUUCCCACACAACAAUUCGGAGGUGGUGAGGCCGAUGAGAGAGAGGGUCGAUCCAUCGGAUGCUUACCUAUCCUGUCUGUCUGCCUGCGUCUUUCUUGGUGUCAGGUGGUUUUGGAGGUGGCGGUGGUUUGUUCGGCAGCUCUUCGGGUCAGGUCGGAGGGGGCCUGUUUGGCAGCAGCGGCGCGGCGGAGCCACCAUCUGCAUCUGCAUCUGCUGGUGCCCCGACCGGCACUCAGGAGGCGGCCGUUAUCUCCCUGGGGGAGGAGGGGGGACUGUGGCCUUACGACCCCUCAAUCAAGAUCGAACGCGAUCAAGUGGUCAGUUGGGGGGGCACCGAGCAAACACACCUGGGACGGGCACACAAACCCCUCUCCUCAUUGUGUCUGACACCUCUCUCUCUCUCUCUCUCUGUGUGUGUGUGUGUGUGUGUGUGCGUGUGCCGUGCAGGCGCCUCUGAAGGUUACCAUCCUGUUCUACUACGGUGCGUCGUCGUCGUACCUCGACUCAUCGACGGUGCAAAGGGUCAAGGCGCAGCUCGAGGCGGCCCGCGCACAGGACUUCUUGACGCAGCUGGUGCAGCAGUGGGAGGCGUUGGGCUAUGACGGUGCGCCUCGGGGUGCCCCCACGGCCGGCAGCAAGGUCGGCGGGGUGCAGCUGUCGCCCCAGGAAGCCGAGGAGAUGCGAAUGCGCCAGAGGGACGAGCCGCUCUUCACUGCAGCCGUCAGGUGGGGGCGACAGGGAGGGAGGGAGGGUGACAGCAUGAGUGAGGCGAUGGUACACAUCCAUGUGUGUGUCGUGUUGGAUGGAUGGGCGCAGGCGCGACAUCUACCGUGUGUUGAGCGACAAGAGCCGUGCAGCGGCUGGCGUGACGGCCAAAGCGCCCCGUGACCGCCUCACACAAGAGGAGGCCACAGCGUCCGCCGACGACUCACCACUCGCCACCAUCCUCGCUGUCAAGAAAGGCAUGUACACCUGCGACCAUCAACGCCCAUCCUAUGCCAUCCCCUCAUUCCCUCCUCUGCGGCCAUACGUCAGAUGGUCCCGAGUUCUUCUUCACGAGGCAGCACAAGCCGGCCACCCUGCCGGCGGGCUUCGAGCCGGUCUCGUCGACGGAGCUGGUGGAGGCCAUCUCGUUUAUCGGCAAGGCCUCCACCGUGGCCACUCGGCUGACCAAGGCGUUUGAGGAGUAUCUUGUUCGUGAGCUGGUGCCCAACUGGACCACUGCUGACGACCUGACUAUCCACUUCCUGACCGCCUUUGCCGCAGAGGUGAGACAAGACAAGGCGCACAGCUGAGGUCGUGGCAUCUAUCUGCGCGCUUGUGUGUGUGUGUGUGUGUGUGUGCUUGUGCAGUUGUCUCCUCGUUUCGGUUUGGCUGACCGCGUGUGCCGUGUAGGGCUGUCGGCUGAUGACGUGGCCUUUGUCAAUUCGUCGCCGCAGGUGGAUCCCAAGGUCAAGACACUCAUGCAGACCUUCCAGUCAUAGAGAGAUGGCCACGAUAGAUGCGCAACAAUUUGCCCGAAGGGGCUCAGGGAGGCGUGGGACGCGGCGUACAACGAGAGAAAGCAGCUGAAGUGAUAGAUAACUCCCUGCCUCCCUCUCUCUGUGUAUGUGUCUUGGUGGGGGCGAAGGUGUUUAUCAUUGUUGCUUAGGAGGGCUUUUCUUACUUGUCAUGUCAUUCACUGGCUGGCGAUUAGAUCUGUGUGGCGUCAUGGCUGACUGCAUUUGUCGAUCGACGUGGGUCGGUGGGUGGGUCGCUGGCUGAUGGCCGUCAUGGCCCGCUCGGACGGUAUGUAUCUUUCGACACAGCUCUGCAUGUUCGGUGUAUGUAAAUGCUCUUACGCCCGGC